AUGAAAUUUAGUCGAGCUCUUAUGUGUUAUGGGCAUAUUAAAUUAAUUUUCGGCACAAAUACAAAAAUUGAUCUAGGGCAUGAGGCAUUCGGCGCAUUGAACCUAAAUAAGAAAUCGAUUGAAGCAACGGUUGACAUGGCGAAUAGCAAGUAUGAGUAUGUAAAAUCUUUUGAAAUUGAAGAUGAAGUGAUGUAUCCCAACUUAGUUGUAGUUCGAAUUGAUGGGUGCAAUUUUGAAAGAUUUUCUGAAAUUAAUGAGUUUGAAAAACCAAACGAUGAAAAAGCUUUAAAUUUGAUGAACUCUUGUGCAACCUCAGUGCUUGAGAAGUAUCCAGAUAUAAUCUUGGCUUAUGGUUUUAGUGAUGAGUACAGCUUCAUUUUCAAGAAGGAAACCAAGUUUUACCAAAGGCGUGCUAGUGAAGUUGACACUGCAGCAAGAUUCUUUCCCUCAUUGUCUCAUUCUUCACAUCUUUAUAUGUGGAAAAAUGGAGGGAAUUCUUUCCUCAAAAGAACAUGAAAUCUACUCCUUCAUUCAAAUCACGUGUCAUAUGCUGUCCAUCAAUGGAGGUUCUUCAAUCAUAUCUUGCAUGGAGACAAAGAGAAUGUCAUAGCAAAAACCAAUACAACACUUGCCUUUGGAUGUUGAUUAAAAGUGGGAAAUCAGAAAGAGAAGCACAUGAAAUCUUGAAGGGCACAAAAAAACAAGAAAAAAACGAGAUCCUUUUCCAACAAUUUGGUAUCAACUACAAAAAUCUUCCACAAAUGUAUCGACAGGGCUCUUGUGUUCUCAAGACAGAGGUUGAGGAUACCUUAAAGAUCCAUGACAAUGAACCCCCUGUCACAAGAUUGCAGAAGAAGGUCAUAAUCGUCCAUUCAGAAAAUAUAGCUUCUAGAACCUUCUGGAAUGAUUACUCCUGUCUUUGCAAAGAUCUAAGUGGCUUUGAACAAAAUGUGAAUAAUAUCAAACAAGAGUACAUGAAAUUGUUUCAGUUUGAGAACAAGUUGCUCCCAUUUACUUGGAUUGUAAUCAGAAUAGAUGGCUCUCAUUUCCACAGAUUUUCUGAGGUUCAUGGAUUCGAGAAGCCUAAUGAUGAGCAAGCUUUGAAACUUAUGAACUCAUCUGCAGUUGCUGUUUUAGAGGAGUUUAAAGACAUUGUUUUUGCAUAUGGAGUAAGUGAUGAAUACAGCUUUAUCUUAAAGAGAAAUACUCAACUGUAUCAAAGACGCCCGAGUGAAAUGGUGUCUGCAAUUGUGUCAUUCUUUUCUUCAACAUAUGUGAUGAAUUGGAAAGAAUAUUUCCCUAAAAAAGAGUUGAAAUUUCCACCAAAUUUUGAUGGAAGAGGUGUUUGCUAUCCAUCAUAUGAAAUUAUUCGAGAUUAUCUUGCUUGGAGACAAGUUGACUGCCACAUAAACAAUCAGUACAAUACUUGCUUUUGGAUGCUUGUCAAGUCUGGAAAAACCACAAAGGAAGCUCAAAGUCUCUUAAAGGGUACUCAAACACAAGAGAAGAAUCAAAUGCUCUUAAAUCUAUUCAAUAUUGAUUACAAGACAUUACCCAUCAUAUUUCGCAAUGGCUCCUCUGUAUUUUGGGACAAGGAGAUGAUGUUGACAGAUAAUGGAGUGAUUACAAAAUCCUACAAGAAAGUGGUAGUGGAACAUCCCAACAUAAUUGAAGAUUGCUUUUGGGAAACACACCCGCUCAUACUUCAAGAGAUGUCCCCAAGAUCAUGAAUCCUUUUUUUUUUCUCACACCAGUUUGUGGCUAGGUUUUGGAUCCUUUAUAUUUAUUUAUUUAUUUCAAGUUAAAGUCUGUUCGAGAAUUGGAAUCCUUGUAUUUUUGUAUAAGGUUUAAUGACAUUUAUUACUAGAACAAAAAUACUAAUACAAUUUAUGUCAAGUUAGAGGAGUCGGGAAAAUAGAGUUACUUGUACUUAUGAGCAUCCUAAUGGUCCAACAAGUGGUUUCAACGGAAGAUAUUAAUGUUCAUAUAAGAAGAGAAAUAAAUGGUAUGUGGGUAUGUAUGAUGGUUUUGGUUUUCUUACUUGGGACGAUGAUGGGCAUUAUGCUUUUGAGUAUGUUAUUUUGCAC